AUGGAUAACGAAAUAACAUUUAGAUUGAGCUAUCAACCAUUGUCGCUUUUCAAGUACCAGUUAUGCGCAAGUCAGCAGAUGCGAAAUAAAUGGUCAUCGAUGUUUGGCGGUGAGAUGUUUGAGCAAGAUGACGACGAUCAGGACACUACAAAACGAUCCCUAAUCGAAACAAAUCCUCUUCUACUUGGCAAUCUCUCUAAGGUAGUUUCUUUCUACUCUUCUCAAACACUUGUUGCAUGUGUCAUCAUCGUGGUUUCGUUAUUGCAUACAGUUUUUGAAUUUUUGGCAUUCAAAAAUGAUAUACACUUCUGGCGCUCGCGGAAGCUUGUGGGCCUAUCUGUCCAAUCGGUAUUGUUCAACAUCGUUCAGGUUGUUCACCCAAAUAGAUAUAUACCUUUUCUUCCUUCACUAAAGUUCAGCGGAAAGGGUUGUUACGUUGAAAGUGCCACCAAAGAGUAUGACCAGCUAGCAUUCAAAUACCUAUCAUGGAUUCUUUUCCCACUUCUUGGUGGUUACGCUGUUUAUCCUCUUUUAUAUGAGUUUAUUAAUACGUUUAUCGACGAAUUGUUCGCUUUUGUCAUUCGGAUGCCAAUGAUGUACUGUAUAGGACGUUUCCACAAGAAUACUCAUGUUGAUCAGCAUAUCUACUCGUACCAAAGAUGGAUCUAUCGUGUUGGUCCAAAGCGCAUGAACGAAUUUGGUACUUCAUUGGAUAGUUCCAAUGAAGCUAAUGGUGAAGUAGACAUAGCAUCUGAGGCCAAUGGUACGGGCGAACAAACAGAUCAGGAGACGAAAAAGGACAGAUAA